AUGGAUGAUGGUAUCAUUAGUGAUAACGAUGUAGUAGAACAAGAAGAGAAUAUUAUCACUGAAAAAGCAUUACCCCAUCCUCCACUACAAUCAAUUUCUACACCAGAAGAUAGCUCACGAUCUUGCUUCUUCUUCAGCGAUAAUAAAACCUCAGAGAUGAUCGAUGAUAGUAAUAGAGGUAAUGGUGGUAAUACCUGGAAACCUUGUAUGCCAGUUGAUGCAGUUUGUCGUAUGGUUGAGAUGACAACAGUUGGAAAAUCAUCUGUUGCAUGUACCGUUCAAAAGAAUGAAAAAUUGCAUGAAUGUUUGAUAAUUUGGGAGACUGAUAAGCAACGUUGUCAUGAUUCGAAUUGCUUAAGCUUACAUUUGAAUUGUCCAGUAUUAAACGAAUAUGAUAUGGUUUUGCCAAUUCAGAAAAGUAAGACAGGAGUUCUUGGUUUGGUACUAUCACUAGCAUUCUUUACCGGUGUAAUUGCUGCUUGCAUUGGAAGUUAUUUUCAACAGGUAUGCUUGAAAACUGCAGAUAUCAGAAAUGAUGAAAAUGAUGAUAAUGAAGCUAAAUUCUGUGGAUAUACGAUCUAUCCCACAUACACUAAUAAAUAA